AUGCACUUCUCCACACUCCUAGCUGCCUCUCUCGCUCUUGCCCCGGCGGUCUAUGGCGCCGGCUCCAACAUAGUCCAAGUCGAGGUCCAUGGCCACGAGGAUUGCCAUGUUGGAAGGCACCCAGGAAACAACCAUCAGGAGGAGGUCCUCAACGGAAAGCCCGACAAGGUCUUCGCUACUGAGACGUCCUGCCCUUUUGUCAAGCUGCCUGACCAUGACGAAGUCGAUACCUACUCCUUUAAGGUAACCGCGCUCAACAAGAAGAGCUUCGAGAGGUGCCGCGGUCUGGGUGUCUACGCGAAUAAAUUAUGUGUCGGCAGGCCCGACUGGGUUGUGCCUUUCCGCCAUGGAGAGCUCGAGACCACCAGCCCUUGUCUUCCUGAGUCCGGCUUUGAGGACUACGCCUCGUUUCAGCUGAUUUGCGAUGACGAUUCAGCCCACCACGAUGAGGGAGACCAUGGGGCACAUGAUGAGGGAAACAAGGCGGGAGAAAAAGACGAACAGGGAGUAACUGAGGCAAAGGGGUCGGGAGAGGCCGAGGGAGGUGACAAGGGGGAAGAGAAGGAGGAAGAGAAGGGCGAAGCUGAGCAGCCCCACCGUGAAGCUGAGCAGCCUUCUGCCCUUAAGUCGAACUCUUGGCUGAAAAAACUGGGCUUGUAA